GCUGUACUGAUCAUUUGAUCCAUUUUUUUUUUUCACAGAUCAGCGAGACACACUUGGUGCAGCUAGGCAAUAGUUUCAGCAUUAUCCUUUUCUCCAUUUUCAUUGGCUUGAAGCUUUUAUUGCCAUGGCUCCUCGGAAAGGUGCCGCUGCGAAUAAAAGUGGCUCAAAGGGUGUGCCCAAGAAGCGGGUUGCUGCAAAUGGAUUCAAACUCCCAGAACCUAUUGCACCAGGCGUUAUUAUUACUGAUGUUGCGAAAAAGCAAUGGAGAAUUGGACAUAGCAUAGGUGUUGGUGGAUUUGGAGAAAUCUAUUUGGCUUCUUGUGAAAUUGAUAAGCCUGUGAGUAAUUCUGCUGAUUAUGUCAUCAAAGUAGAACCACACAGGAAUGGACCUCUGUUUGCUGAAAUGCACUGUUACAUGCGAAUUGCUAGGCCUGAACAUAUUGAAACGUGGAAGAAAGAAAGAAAGCUGAAACGACUGGGUAUGCCAAAAUACUUAGGAUCUGGUUCAUUUGAAUACAACAAAGAAAGAUACAGAUUUAUGGUAAUGGAACGAUUUGGUCGUGACCUUCAAAAGAUUUUGGAGCAACACAGCAAGAGAUUCUCAUUCAAGACUGUUUAUCAAGUUGGCAUUCAAAUUUUGGAUGUAUUGGAAUACAUUCAUAGCAAGGAAUACAUCCAUGCAGACAUAAAGGCAUCCAACUUGUUGAUUGGGUAUAAACCUGGUACUGAAAACCAGGUGUUCUUGGUAGACUUUGGCCUAGCGUGCCGCUAUGCAAAUGAUGGGAAGCACAAGGAGUACAAGUAUGAUCAGAGGAAAGCCCAUGAUGGAACCAUUGAGUUCACUUCAAGAGAUGCCCAUAUUGGCGCUCACUCACGACGAGGAGAUCUGGAGAUCCUUGGCUACAACAUGACUCAGUGGUUAUGUGCCCGUCUGCCCUGGGAGGACAAUCUCCAGGACUGUAAUGAUGUUUUUGCCAAGAAACGAGGUUUCAUGGAGAACAUUAGCUCGUUCAUAUCACUGUGUUUUCCUGACACUGAACCACCAGGUCUGAAUGAGUAUCUGGAAUAUGUUGUUAGUCUAGCAUUUGAUGAGAAGCCAGAUUAUGAAAAAUGCCGUAACAUUCUGCGGGAGGGACUCAAAGCACGAGGAUACAGAGAUGAUGGAAAAUUGGUGUUCAUGUCCGCAACUCCUGUGCUUCCUUCGAAGAAGUCCAAGGCUCGUACUGACCGAAAGAAAACUGCAAAGAGACGGUCAGAAGAAGAAGAAAAUAUAGCUGAAUUCACUCCGAAGAAGUUGAAAAGAAAUUCCAACAUGUCUCCAUGUAGACCCAGAAAUAAAAGAGUGAAUACUAGAACUUGUCCCAGAAGUUCCUUGCUUGGCAUCAGUUUGAGCAAACCUUGCCAACCAGAAUUCCCACCUGUUGACACUGAAGAAGUAAUGAUUGAAAAAGAGAAUCAGAAGAUGGCUGCUCGUAAACAGAAGCUAAGACCUAAAAGAUUGGCUGUUGUUAAAGAUACGUCUCUGGAUAAUCCUACUCCUCAGAUGAUAGAAAUUAUGAACAAGAUUAGAGAAAAGUCUGCAUCUCCACCUAUAUGCCAAAAGCGACAUCGACACAACAGUAACUGCUACAGUAACAAAAGUAGCCCCGCCUCAGAAGACAUUCCAUCGCAAUUUACCCCAGAGAUGGAAGCUGUUAUGAGAAAACGUGCUGAAAGGCUUUCUAGUUCUGACAGUGAAACUGAAUGCUACUUGAGUUCUUCCUCAGGUGUAGGUUCACCCCAGAUGUUCGAUUCUUCUGAGAGUGAAGACUCAAACGAUGCUACUGUUUAUUAUUCUCCUCCUACAGCAUCCUCUCCACCUUACAUGGCUCCUCAAAGUAAUAGUACAUUGAAAACUGUCAAGGAGAGAUCUAGAGUACCACACAAUUUUACAGCUAUGCCAAGAUUGCACAAGAGAUCAAGAAGAGAUGGAGUUGCCCUUGAAAUGGCCUUUAAGGCAAUUAAAUUAGGUACGUCUUCAAGCAGGCACACUGUUGUUAAAUAUAAACUAGAAAGGAUAUAAGAAAGCACUGGUUUAACAGUAGUUGUAACUAAGAACAAACUGCCAAAUAAUGUCAAGGAAGAUAAAAUGUUGGCUAACAUCAAAUAUAAGUGGGACUUGCCUAACAAGUACUAGUAGGCCUACUGCAGUGUUUCUUUAUUUCUUAAUCCUUUCACUGUCGAGACCCAUGCUCAGAAACUUGCUCUCAGUAAAAUGAUAGAGAAUCAUUUCCCAAUGGUAAUGACACAAAAAGUAUGAAAUUGGAUGGAAGACUUGUGGAAUUAUGCUCUUGCGAGGUUAGUGGUCUCUGCGAUAUUUACACAUCGACAAUUUUGCCCACUUUGAGCCCUAUUUUUGCCCAAUUUCUUUGUUUCAGUGGACCAAACUCAUAGCUAUUUCCCCAGAACUCCAUCUGUUCUGUCGAUUGAAUACAAGAAACUGCCCAUUUACUGAUUUUAACUACCCAAUAAAGUGAUCAGAAAUUGGUAAUUUGGCCAAUUUCAUACACAAUUCAUGAAAGGCCAAUUUCAAAAUAGGGUCCAGAAUUGACAAUAUAAACAUUCCUAGCACUAAAUAUUUUCUCUUCAUUAGUCACGUCUCCAGGCCCCUCUUAUAUUACACUUGCUUUCCAUUUUGGAUUUUUAUUCACAAAAAAUAUUUACUGUUAUGCAGACUACUGCAUUAUUUCAAAAAAUGGUAUAAAUAAUAGCACAUUUGUGAAAGCAUAUUAGACUCACCAGUUGAUGUGUAUUGGAUGCGCGACGUGAUUUGCUUACUCCUGAACAUCGGCAAAAAUCGAACAUUUCCACUACAUUUGAGCUCGGUUUCAAGGUACUUUUAUUCUGUAAAUCAUUCAAAAUCAUCUGUUUCUGUAAUAUAUCCUCCAUUCUAUCAAAUGAAACCAAGAAAAUGAGACUACAACCAUAAAUACCAUUCAAAAAUACGCUGCAAAGUCAGUGCUUUAAACCAAAAACACGGUCUUUUUUUUUUUUUUCAUGCACUGCAUGCUGCAGUUUUUUUUAUUAUUAUUAUUAUUAUUAUAUAUAAAUACAGUGCACACUGACCACUCAGAACCAUUCUCUCGCAUGAAGGCUUACCUGCUUUCUCCCGCAAAAUUGGAAACCGCUAGAAUUUUGGCGUAAUAUUACGGGACCGAUGCUGGCUUGCAAGCUGUAAUAUUACAGGACCGACAGUGAGAGGGUUAAAAAUAAUUUGGGCAAAUUUAAAAACUCAUUAAAAAAGAAAAAAAAUGACUGGGUGUGAUUACAACAUUCCUAGCAUGAGCCAGUAGAUCAGCUAUGUUCCUCAAUUUUUGUCCUCGGUUUGUUCAACCUAGUUGCUUAAAAAAAAAAAGUUGCUUUUGCAAAUAUACUAAGCGAAGCAUCUAGAGUAUUAUUAUUAUAUGGGGCAGUGCUGUAAACCUAUACGAGUCAUACAGCACCUGGGAAAAGGGAGGCAGUCUGCUUUUACCCAAGCAUAAGGAGGAAAAGUUCAGUUCAUUGAAGGAAGAGUGUAGUAAAAUGUUUAUUCAUGUAUCAUGGCCUUGGGGUAUGGACAUGCUGUUUGAAAUUAUCAGUUUUCCAAAGUGCUGAAUGUUUAUAUAUACAUUUAUACUUUUGAGCAUUGAUAAUUAUAUUUAUAUUGAAGCACUACAGUUGCUGGAAGUGGGAGGGUAUUAUUUGAUCUGGAAGUAUUGAGGUAUAUUUUAUACACUAAAUACAUUUGUCUGCUUUCUAAUUUUUGUAUUUGUUAAUUUCUUAGUCUUUUAUAUAAUAAAGAUAUCGAACUGUA